UAUUAUUUUUAAUUUUACUGCUUUUGCAUGGUAAGUAUUUUAGCAAUUUACAUGUUGAGGUGCCUAGCAGUUGUGUUUUUAAUUUCUUGGUUUUGGAUUGAUGGGUGCGGGUCUAGAAAAUCUUUAUAUUUGAACCGAAUUUAGUUUCCUUUUUUUCGGUGUGAUGAUAUAAAUUAUGAUGACUUGUUGAAGUAUGAAGGAAAAUAAAAAUUGUUUAGUGGACCUAAACCGUAUUGAUGUUAUAGGUUAGCUAAAGGCCUGGCUUAAAGCAUGGUAAAUUUGUGAAACUUCAUCUGAGCAAUUCUUUUUUUCACUUCAAAUGGAAAUGUCUAGCGGUAUAUUGACUGACUGUUAUAUUGUUUUUUAUCAUGAGUGUGAUGUUUUGGUCUUGUUUGGUUGAUUAUGAUGCUGGACUUGUUUUUGGACGAAAGCAUGUUCUUGAAAUGGCAUCUAUUGUCAUGGGUCUGAUAUGCAAGGUAUUCUCCAGUGGAAACAACACUCCAUGUACUUAACAAAUGGAUACAAAAAUUGCUACCACACUGAUGGAAGGAUAACAAUGGAGGCGCGUCCUAUGUCCAUUCAGAGAUCUGGUGCUAGGCAGCUCAGCAGUGUGGAGGUGUCUGGAACAAUGUCUUCAUCGUUACCGGUCCUUCCAACCCCUCUGGAAGAUACAUAUACCAAGUUACUAGAUUCUCAAGAGGUCUCUACGGAUAGGAAACUUAAGACAAGGCCACAAACACCUGCACCUCAUGUAUCAUCAAACAGUGGAGUAGUUGGGCACAUGUUUUCAUCAUCAUCUGGACUUUCGAGUGAUCUUCAUUAUUCAUCUGUAUCACCUCAUCAAAAGCAUAUGAACUCUCCCUUUAUUCCUCAAACAUCAACCAAUGUUGCAUCCUUGCAACUACCACAGUCUUCCCAUUCAGUUAUGCCUCAGUCAACAACAUCCAGUCAUUACUCCAAAGAGAGUAGUGCUUCUUGGUGUCCAGAGUCACUGCAAGGUUAUCUUGAUUUUCCUGUAAACACUCCUGUCCACAAUAGUCAAAUAGAAAGCAGUAGUUGCAGUGGUGUCAUGUCAUCAGAGGACUUCAGUAAACGAAAUGAUUGGCAGGAUUGGGCGGACCAGCUAAUUACUGAUGAUGAUGCUUUGGCUUCUAACUGGAAUGAUCUUCUUGUUGACACCAAUAUGACAGACCUGGAACCAAAGAUGUCAUACCAGGUUUCCAAACCAUUUACAAGUAUCCCAGCACAUCAACUCCAAGUUAAUCACCAGCUUCCUGCUCCGUCUGGAGAAAUCCACACUGCUGUUACCCGCUCUUCCACUACAAAUAGUGCCCCAGCCAAGCAGCGGAUGCGUUGGACACCAGAACUUCAUGAGGCCUUUGUGGAAGCUGUUAACCAACUUGGUGGUAGUGAAAGAGCUACUCCAAAGGGUGUGCUGAAGCUCAUGAAAGUUGAUGGCUUGACUAUUUACCAUGUGAAAAGCCACUUACAGAAAUAUAGGACAGCAAGGUUUAGGCCUGAUUCAACGGAAGGAUUCUCAGAGCAAAGAUUGACUCCUCUUGAUGAAAUAUCUUCUCUUGACUUAAAAACGGGUAUUGAAAUUACUGAAGCUCUGCGAUUACAGAUGGAAGUUCAAAAGCGGCUGCAUGAACAACUUGAGAUUCAAAGAAAUUUACAGCUGCGGAUAGAAGAGCAAGGAAGGUACCUGCAAAAGAUGUUUGAGAAGCAGAAGUCAGGCAUUGAGAAACUGAAAUCAUCACCAUCAAAACUGGAGAAUCCCUCUACUCCAUCUUCAGAUGAGAUUGAAGAUGCCCUUGCUAAAAGCGAAUUGAAAGGCACCCAGGUGGACCCUGUAAAGACAAUUGAUUGCAAAGUUGAUGCCCAAGCUACAUUGGAAGAAAGUUCACAGGAGGUUGGCGAGAAGCAAAAGUCACCUAAUGCAGAAACUUCGGAGAAUGCUGAGCCAAGUGUCUCAGAUUCAAGUUCUCAACCCAGAAAGCGGCCCAGAACUGAUGAAUAAGACAUAUGAGCAUAGAAUGACAAAGGUAAUCAAGAGGAAGAUUUUUAUAUCGAGUCAGUUAACUUAUCUAAUGGAUAAAGCUUUUUGAAGUCCUCCCCUCUUUUCUCUACGCCCUUGUGGGCAAUUGCUCCUGCACUCUUAUGUUUAGUUGAGAAAUAAUAUUGAUCAAUAAAUUGAGCAUUAUUAUUAUAGGCUUCAA